UUGUCUCAGUGCCUUUACCCGUCCGUGCGCUUCUGUUGUCUUUGUGUACUUGCGCGCGGUUGUGAAACUCCGCUCUCAGCUCAGAGGAGUAAAGGUGGUGGGGGUGUAGGAAUGUCGCCGGCGGGGCGCUCACGUGGACACGUGGGUGCGGAGAAGGCUGGCUGUGCAUCCGGGGUGGGCGGCACGGAGCGACCUCGCCCCGCCCGCUGGGUCCCCAAGCCCGCCUUCCACAGCUCGGCCUCAGUCAACUCGAUCUCCAACUCGGCACCCCGGCUCCCAGUCACCGCCCCCGCCUCCUGUUUCACACCCCCUCCCCGCAAUCUCCGCCUCUCUCCAUCUCUCCGCCGAGGCCUCUCCGCGGCGGACAGACCUGGACUCCCGCCCCCCGCCCCCGGCCUCCGCCCCGGCACUGCCCACGCCCUCUGCCCGCCCAGCAGCCUGCGCAGCGCCGGGCCUCGCUCCCCGUGCGUCCUGCGGGGGCGGAGGAGCGGAGAGGCGGCAAGCGCAGCCGGGGAGGGGGGGGGGCAGAGGCACAGACAGAGGCGCGGAGGCUCGGAGAGAGGAGACGUGGAGGGAGGGACGGAGCCUGGACAGCUACGGACACGGCCCAGUGCCCGAGCAAUGGCACUGCCUCGGACGCUGGGGGAGCUGCAGCUGUACCGGGUCCUGCAGCGUGCCAAUCUCCUUUCCUACUACGAGACCUUCAUCCAGCAGGGAGGGGACGACGUGCAGCAGCUGUGUGAGGCGGGGGAGGAGGAGUUCCUGGAGAUCAUGGCACUCGUGGGCAUGGCCACUAAGCCCCUUCAUGUCCGGCGCCUGCAGAAGGCACUGAGAGAGUGGGCCACAAAUCCAGGGCUCUUCAGCCAGCCAGUGCCUGCCGUACCCGUCUCCAGCAUCCCCCUGUUCAAGAUCUCUGAGACUGCGGGUACCCGGAAAGGGAACAUGAGCAAUGGGCAUGGCAGCCCAGGGGAAAAGGCGGGUAGUGCCCGCAGUUUUAGCCCCAAAAGCCCCCUGGAACUUGGGGAGAAGCUGUCACCACUGUCAGGGGGACCUGGGGCAGGGGAUCCCCGGAUCUGGCCAGGUCGGAGCACUCCAGAGUCGGAUGUUGGGGCAGGAGGAGAAGAGGAGGCUGGCUCACCCCCCUUCUCCCCACCUGCAGGGGGAGGAGUCCCUGAGGGAACUGGGGCUGGGGGACUAGCAGUAGGUGGGACUGGGGGUGGUCCAGACCGACUGGAGCCAGAAAUGGUUCGCAUGGUGGUAGAGAGUGUGGAGAGAAUCUUCCGGAGCUUCCCAAGGGGGGAUGCUGGGGAGGUAACCUCCCUGCUAAAGCUGAAUAAGAAGCUGGCACGGAGCGUGGGGCACAUCUUUGAGAUGGAUGAUAGUGACAGCCAGAAAGAAGAGGAGAUUCGCAAGUACAGCAUCAUCUAUGGCCGCUUUGACUCCAAGCGGCGAGAGGGCAAGCAACUCAGCCUGCAUGAGCUGACUAUCAAUGAGGCUGCUGCCCAGUUCUGCAUGAGGGACAACACACUUUUACUGCGAAGGGUGGAGCUCUUCUCCUUGUCCCGCCAAGUGGCCCGUGAGAGCACCUACUUGUCCUCCUUGAAGGGUUCUAGGAUCCACCCUGAAGAAUUGGGAGGCCCCCCCCUGAAGAAGUUGAAACAGGAGGUUGGAGAGCAGAGUCAUUCUGAAAUCCAGCAGCCUCCCCCAGGCCCUGAGUCCUAUGCACCUGCAUACCGCCCCAGCCUGGAGGAGGACAGUGCCAGCCUGUCUGGGGAGAGUUUAGAUGGACACUUGCAGGAGUUCGAGGAAGGGCUACUGGACCGAUGUCCUGCCCCAGGACCCCACCCCGCGCUGGUGGAGGGGCGCCGGAGCAGCGUGAAAGUGGAGGCUGAGGCCAGCCGGCAGUGAGGGGCAGACUGGGGUCCCUGGACUUCUGGCUCACACAGACAGAUCCCCCCACUCGAGAUCCCUGGAGUCUAGUCAGAACCUGGAUCCUUCCGCUGCCCUUCUCCUACCUCCCCACCUGCUCCAUGAGCAAGGACUAUGGGGCUUCAAGCAAUAAUGAGCAGGGGCCUGGCGAGAGGACACAAGGAGGGUGCGUGGUACCCCUCACCCCUGCCCAGGUCAAGGGGGUGAGGACUCUGCCUCCAGGGCAUUUGGGGCUCUUCCCUCAUUUACACAACACACUCCCGUUCUCUAGGUUUGAACCAGUGAUGUGAGCAGUUGGACUCAGUUUGGACAUGGGGGAGAGGGGGACUUCCCUGUGAAAAGUCCAGCAGCUAAAAAUGGAAAUGUUUAUCCCGGAACUGGGGGCCUGGGAACACUGGAACUGUCCUCUAUCCCCUCCCCUUCCCCAUUUUUGUGCUUCUAGUUUGUUUCUUUAAUUUAACAAAUGCUGCAGUUAGCCACCCGUCCCCAUCUCUCCCCCAAGCCCUCAGCAGUUCUUUUCCUCCAGCCCUGUCUGGCGGAGGGGGAGGUUGGUGGUGGAGGUGGGAUCCCCUUCACCAGCUCCCUUGGGAGGCCUGGGUUGGACUCAGAGUCUCCCCCAGCUGGGGGCUGGACUGCAGCAGCUAUCUGAGCAGUUAGAGCAUCUUUCUUUUCAGAUCGUGUACAGUAGAUUAUUUAUUUUGUUAUUUUGGAAUAAAAUUUAUUUUAUGGCUUAGGA